AUGUUUUUCCUCUCGCUCCCUCGCGCCGGCGGUGGGCCGGGCCGCGCGCUGUGCACUCCAACCUUCCACGGUCUGUCUGACGGACCCUACCGCCGUCUGCGAUUUUCCAUGCGCCCUGUCCGCCACGAAUACCGAAACGUUCUCGUGUCUGCGGACGUGCGCAAGUUGGCGGAGACGGCUCGGGAGCUCCUGCGGGAGAAGCAGGCGAAGCGCCGCGCCUUUUGGGAGAUUUUCAGCAAGCGCGUUAAGGCCUCCUCUCAUCUUCUUUCUCCUGCCGCCAUGGCCCUGAUUGCACGCAGCUUCGACGUGCACAACCGAGACACCGGCAUCUACGUGGCGCUCGCGACGGUGCUUCCGGCGUGCGUGAAGGACGCAGACGGUCGGUCUCUCCUCUCUCUCUCUGAUAUCUUUUCUCGGCGUCUGAAGCUCGGCAGCAACCCGCCUCUCUUCGAGGCCCUGGCACGACAUCUGCCCAACACCAUGUAUCAGCUCACGGCCAAGGAUGUGGUGCGCCUCCUCGCGGCGCUGGACGCCGCAGGGCACGCGGACCUGGCGACGUGUCAGAGAGUCGCGCGAAAGCUCCGGGGCGAAAUCGAACUACUGGACUGCCAUGAUCUCGCUGAAGCGUCGGCGGUCUUUGCUGGACAGGGGUACCGGAACCCGGGCCUGUACCAGGCUCUCGCGCGGCGCGCCGUCAAGGUUCAGGACUCCUUCGACGCGCACACUCUUCAUCGCAUGCUGAGUGGCUUCAGUCAGAACGCCGUGGCGUGUGACGAGCUGUUGACCUCGUUUUCGGUGCUCCUGGUCGCGUCAAAGGAGAAGUUCUCGAACCGCGAGCGCCGCAUCGUUGAGCAGCUCGUCGCCGACUCGGAUGCCCCACUCAAAGAGCUGCGGGCGUCAUACAAGGAAAGCGCGUGA